GAAAAACACAGGCAAAACUAGAUUCAAACAUGACUCUAUAAAUAAUACUAAAACACAACAGUAUAAUACAAUACAACACAAAGACAAAGAACACAGGUAUAAUAAUCAAACUAAUCUAAAACAUUGCAAAGAAAUAAUAAACAACAAAACACACACAGAAUCCUAACAAUAGGCCUAUUUUAUACUUGUUGUUUUUGGACAUGGGUAACCUAAUUACCACUAGUAACCAGGUGUAGUUUGAGGGGGAUGAGGGGUAACGCCCCAAAUAAUAAAACUAUAGACAUUAAGCUCAUUUUUGGAACCUAGAGCAUGGGAUUUGGUAAUGAUUAACAUUGGUUACAAUUAUUCGCUUGUCACAUCCCAGACCAGUCAUACGAGAUCAUAUAAAAAAUAGAAAGCAAUUUAUAUUAACCUUUGUACCUUUAUUGCACUAUAAAACUGCACUAUAAAACUGGUCUUACUGGUCUUCUUGUUACCCAUAUGAUGUGCAUUACAUUAUUAAUUUAGUCAUUUUUUUUUAAAUCAAUUCAACAUUUAUUUAUUUAAGAUUUUUUACUUAUUUUUGUUGGCAAGAGACUCUGUACAUAAGACUCUGAACUAAAAUGUCAGACUCUUGUGGAUCUCUGAGGUAUCGUCUAGCUUCAAUUGUGGGAUUUGCUGGUCUGGUCUCUAUACUUUUUUUCUGGUUUUACCAACCUCUGAUCAACUGUCCACCUCAACUACCUUCGAUUACGCUGCAUUCAGAUGGACACCACAUACGGAUGAACAACUCAUCUAAAGGAAAGCAAGAUAAACCAAUACUUUUGUUAUGGGUCUGGCCUGAAAACUACAGAUUUGAUCUGAAUAUCUGUAAAACCAUUUACAACAUUGACGGCUGUCACCUGACGGAUGAUAGAUCUCUCUACAGCAACACGGAUGCUGUGCUGCUUUUUCAUAAAGCUAUUCGUCUGUCCACACUUCCUCCAUCUCCUCGCCCUCCGUUUCAAAAGUGGAUAUGGAUGAAUGUUGAAUCGCCAACUAACACAAAGAAAAUACCAGGAAUUGAAAACCUGUUUAAUCUGACUCUCAGUUAUAGAGAGGACUCUGAUAUUCCUGUCCGGUUACGACUGACCAGCAGAAAGAUCCCAGAUGAGGAUUUUGAAAUUCCCAAAAAGGAAAGACUCAUCUGUUGGGUUGUGAGUAACAAUGCAGCCUAUACAGGUGUUGGCACGAGAAACACUUACUAUAGAGAACUUAGCAAGUACGUCCACAUACACGUGUAUGGAAAAGCUUAUGGAUCGUUCCUGGAUUAUAAAGACUACUUUCCCACCAUAGCCAGCUGUAAAUUUUAUCUCUCCUUUGAGAACUCCAUUCACAAAGACUACAUCACUGAGAAGUUAAAUGGACCUCUGGCAGUAGGUACUGUACCUGUGGUGCUGGGACCUCCACGAAAAAAUUAUGAAAGGUUUGUACCGGGUGACUCAUUUAUUCAUGUGGAUGACUUUCCAGAUGCAAAGUCACUAGUAGAAUAUCUUGUCCGUCUGGACGUGGAUGACGACGCAUAUCGCAGGUACUUUAACUGGAGGAGACAUUUCUCAGCUCGACCUCAUUUAAUAUUACAGAACCAAGAGUUUGUUCUGGCUAUUUGUACGGCCUGUGAUUAUGUAGGAAAACACCAGGAAUAUAAACAAGCUCAUGAUAUUUAUGAAUGGUUUUUCAACUAAUUUAAGAUCAUUAGAGAGAUUUUGCAGCUUAUUUUAAACAAUCAUGAUUUUGCUUAUAGUAUAUUUGAUAACUAAUCAUGCUGAUAGGUCUUUAUAGGAUACUGUAUGAUGUCUCAUUAUUGGGAGUAUUUCCUUGUUGACCGACCAGUUUAACACAGACAGGCAUGAACUUUCUAUCGCUGCACUACUGCUUCUUAUGAUUAAUGUAUUUAAUAUCUGAAUCAAUGUUAAACUAAAUGAAUUUACUAAAUUAAUAAAUGUUGUUCAUUCUUCUAUACGUUUAAGAAUGAUGGAAAAGUCAAACUAAUUUUGUAAGCUCUGGUUUCUGACUUUCUAAUAGUAUAUUUGUAAUUCAUUUAAUAAGAAAACUGUGAAUUAUUCCUUUGAUAUGAGGUUAGUUUAUAUUGUUACAUUAUAUUUAUAUUUAUAUUGUUGUCCUAACUGUUUACUAAUUCUUUACUAAUAUUUUGUCCACAUAUUAGAAUAGGCUAAUAGUAUAAACAAAUAGACUCUAUUAUACUCUACAGGGUACUCUACAUCAAUUUUUUUACAUCUAUUAAUUUUUUUUUACAUCUAUAUAUCUCUUAUUUGCUGUUUCAUUUUGUCCAAGUCAUAUUUAAACAUGUUUUUAUAUUAUUUGUUUUGUAAUUAAAUAAAUUAUUAU